GCGAUCAGACGAGCACAGCCAAGCGAAGCUGAUGACACAAAUGACAUGCACCUUUUAAAAUAUAUGAUUACUCCGGUUCAUCCUUGCGAUUGAUAAUCCAGCUGAACAACAGCCUUAGUGGGGUUGAAGCUAUCAUCAUAUCUGAUAUCUAUUAAUAAUUGGACAAUGGAUGAUGGCUGUUAGGCGACGUAUCUGAUCGGCUUGCCAAGCGUAUCGUUCCAAGAUUCAUGCUUAAAUCUGAUCUGCAACAUCUGGCGCACCUUCUAUAUUGGGUUCAUUCUCCAGAGGCUGAGUGAAUUGCAUGGUUAAGGUGGGGUUGAAGAUUAUUACCCUUGCGAUAUUGGAUAUUGCUACUGCGGGGCAAAUAACAGAGGGAGGGGCUGAAACACAAGAUGUAAGUUCGCCUCUUCCAAAAAGUUAAGAAUUGAGUGCAAUACAAACAUAUUCAUUUCAACUUUCUUUCCAUUCCAUCCAACGAUCAUGGCAAUUCCGAAAACGAAUUAUCCUAUCGAUGAGCCCACCAUUCAAAGCGACGAGAAAGAGGCAAACGGCGUUAGUCAACCCUUCAAGAACGAAGAAGGCGUCGAUGGGCCACUUCUCUUAGCAUUGCUGAUGGGAAAUAACAAUGCCAAUGAAUGGGCUGCUGCUCAACCAGCUCCAGAUGCUGUUUCCGACACCUUGAAUCCCGACUACUAUGCUCUCGAGCUGGCCUCCGCUGGAAAUGGCAAUGAAGAAGGACUCGAUAACGACCCAACCUCUACCGACGGCGAGGAUGGACCUCUCCUUUUCGUGCUCUUGUUAAACAACCAGAACAACAACAAUGUGAGAGACCCUAGGUUGAAUAAUGUACGACCGAGUGAUACCUUGGAUCCAAGAGAUGUCGCUCUUGAGCUGAAGCCUACUCCAAGUGAAAUUGAGGACACGGCUGACAGUAGAUCAUCUACUAUCGACGGCGAGGAUGGACAACUUCUCCUGACAUUGCUUCUCACCAACCAGAAUCAGAAUCAGCUCACUAAAGGUCCAGAUAGCGCUAUUUUUGACACCUUAGACCCGAGAAGUUUCACUCUUGAAUUGAAGCCUGCUGAAGGGGGUAAUAGCGAGAAUAUUGACAGUCAAUCCGUUGACGGCGAGGAUGGACCACUUCUCCUGGCACUGACUGACGUUAAGGUCCCCACAAAAGCAUUCAGCGCCAUUCCUGAUACUUUGGAUCCUAAGAGUGUCACCUUGGAACUGAAAUCUGCAGCUGUUGAUGAUGCAAAUUUCAAUAAAUCAUCCAUCGAUAUACUCUCCAACAACGAUCAGAAAUCUGGGGAUAUUAUUAUAAAAGCUAUUCCCGAUGUUAUGGAGAUGAAAACUCAAUUACUAGAGUUACAAUCCCCUAAGGAUACUAUCACUGAAGCAAUCCCCGAUGUUAUGGAAAUGAAGACUCAGCUACUGGAGCUACACUCCCCCGGAAACGACGAAGCCAAUAACAUCCCUGUCAUAUUGAAAGUGAAUUCUCAAGCCCAAAAAGCUCAGAUACUCGCAAUGCUUCAAGGCCGAUCAAUUCCCGUGACCCUCACUUCGAAAGAUACCACAGGGAAUCUUGCAAAUGGAACACUUGACAGAGCGCAAGUUACCACUGCAAAUUUGCAAUCUUCGCCCCGCGAGGCCAAAAAUGGUAAUUUAAGCGCGGAGCAACUACAAUUCUGGAGAGAAAAUGGAUAUCUCGUCAUCCCAGACACACUAUCCGACAGCCAAAAAGAUAACUUACUUAAGACUGUACAUGAAGCGGCACAAGUACUUGCUGGCGGUGGCGAGAGAGUAAAAAAACAUGCCUAUCUCCCCGGGCAGAAAUCGUACGUGAGUCCUGUGGGUCGAGCAAUCGCCACAUUGAGUGGACAUGGCUUUAAUCCCGCCGUCGAACCCCUAAAACGUAUCCAACGAAUCGGCUGCGGCAUCCACCGGGUCAUGCCCCCCUUCCGAAAAGCCAUCCUCAGUCCCUUCCACUCCACACUCGCCCAAUCCCUCGGCUACCAAGACCCACGCAUUUACCAAAGUCUGAUCAUCGUGAAAGCGGCCGAGGUUGGCGCGCGCGUGAUUCCUCACCAAGAUGGCUGUUCGGGAUUCACAAAUCCAUCGAGUUGCACGACUUUCUGGUACGCGCUUGAAGAUUGCUCGACGGAGAAUGGAUGUUUGGCGGUUGCGCCGGGGAGUCAUCGUACACAACCUAUUACGAGACGUUGUAUUACUAAUGGGAAUGGACAGCCGGUAUUUACUGAUUUGGAAAACCCGGUCUAUGCGCAGAUUGAGGGGGUGGAUGAUUCGACUCUGCCAAAGAAGAAUGAGAAGGGAGAGUUUGAGUAUAAGAAGUUAGAGGUGAAAGCAGGAACUUUGAUAUUGAUGCAUGGUAAUUUGAUGCAUAAGAGUGAGGCGAAUCAAAGUAGGAAGAGUCGUGCUGCAUUUAACUUUGGGGUUGUGGAGGGUGAACACGCGUGGCUUCAAGAUAACUAUCUUCAGCCUUAUGAAGGAACGACGGAGUUUGAGAAAUUGUGAAGCAGUUAUAGAGUUUCAAUCUUAUGUUCUGUUUUUUGUAUGAAUUUUAAUAGCAAAUCAAGAGUUUAAAUUAAAUCAGAAUAAUCCUUUCACUAACUUU